AUGGAGGACGCGGAGCUGCGCUGCACGGUGGCCGUGGAGCAGCCGCUGCCGGGGGGACAGGCCCCGCGGCGCCGCGUGAUGCGGGGCGCGCUGGUGCUGCUGGGCCGCAACGAGCUGCGGCAGCCGGUGCUGCGGGUGGUCGGCAGCGGCGGGGUGCCCCGCGCGGAGAGGCGGCCCCUGGCGAGGCUCUCGGCGGAGCAGGAGGCGGUGCUGGGCGCCGUGCGGAGCGGGAAGAGCGUCUUCUUCACCGGCUGUGCAGGGACCGGGAAGUCGUUCCUGCUGAAGAAGAUUGUGGGCUCCCUCCCUCCGAAGAGCACCUAUGCCACAGCCAGCACAGGAGUGGCAGCUUGCCACAUUGGCGGCACCACUCUCCACGCCUUCGCAGGGAUCGGCUCUGGGAAGGCACCGCUGGAACAGUGUAUUCAGCUGGCAGAGCGGCCUGGGGUGCGCCAGCACUGGCUGGCCUGCCAGCACUUAAUUAUCGAUGAGAUCUCAAUGGUGGAUGGCAAGCUCUUUGACAAGCUGGAGGCAGUAGCGAGGGUAGUCAGAAAACGGGAUGAGCCUUUUGGAGGAAUUCAGCUAAUCAUCUGUGGGGACUUCUUGCAGCUACCCCCAGUCUGCAAGGCUAAUGAAGAAACCAAGUUCUGCUUCCAGGCAAAAAGCUGGAGGAAAUGCAUCCACAUAAACAUGGAGCUGACUGAAGUGCGGAGACAGACCGACAAGACCUUUGUCUCACUCCUGAGUGCAGUUCGUUUAGGCAGGUGCACAGAGGAGGUUACCAGACUGCUGAUGCAGACUGCUGCUAACAGGUCUGAGCGUGAUGGGAUCCUGGCUACGCGGCUCUGCACCCAUAAAGAUGAUGUAGAAAUAACUAAUGAGAGAUGCUUGCAACAGCUAUCAGGAGAAGUGCACACUUUUGAGGCUUUGGACAGUGACCCAAUGCUAGCGAAGUUAAUUGAUGCUCAGUGUCCUGUGGGUGGUAGAGUUGAGCUAAAGCUUGGAGCUCAGGUGAUGCUAGCUAAGAAUCUGGAUGUGUCUCAAGGGCUGGUGAAUGGGGCACGAGGAGUUGUUGUAGGAUUUGAAAGUCAACAGAAGGGGCUGCCUAAGGUGAGGUUUCUCUGUGGGGCCACACAGGUCAUCAAAAUGGAGAAAUGGGUCUUCAAAGGACCAUCAGGAGUUCAUCUGAGUCGUCAACAGUUGCCUUUAAAAUUGGCAUGGGCCAUUUCCAUUCACAAGAGUCAGGGCAUGUCUUUAGAUUGUGUGGAAAUCUCCCUGUCUCGUGUCUUUGAAAGUGGGCAGGCUUAUGUAGCUCUUUCCCGAGCCCGUAGCCUUGCAGGUCUCCGUGUUCUGGAUUUUGAUCCGAAAGUUGUGAGAGCUGAUCCUUCUGUGUUGCAGUUCUAUAGACAGCUGAGGCAUCAUCAACUUCUAACCCAGGAUUCACUACACACCCAUUCAGGUGCUGAUGAGAAGGAGAACUGGAAAUGA